AUGGUUCAGGCGCAGCACUCGGAAGUACCAUCCGCCACAACCAAGAUGCCGAAAGGCAUCCCAUACAUCAUCGGCAACGAAACGGCGGAGCGUUUCAGCUACUACGGCAUGCGCACGAUCCUCGUCGUGUUCAUGACCGAGUACUUGGUCAACUCGUCCGGCGCCCUCGACGUUAUGUCGAAGGAGGAGGCCAAGACUUGGUAUCACCUCUUCGGUUCCGCGGUUUACGCGCUCCCGGCGCUCGGUGCGCUCGUUAGUGAUGCGUGGUGGGGCAAGUACAACACCAUUCUUCGCGUCUCGAUUAUCUACUGCCUUGGUCACCUCGCACUUGCCCUCGACGAGUCGAGGUUGGGACUUUCGGUUGGCUUAGCGUUGAUCGCGAUCGGUUCCGGCGGAAUCAAACCGUGCGUAUCCGCGCACGUGGGCGAUCAGUUUGGGGAGGGCAACCAACACCUGGUGAGCAAGGUGUUCAGUUGGUUCUACUUCGCGAUCAACUUUGGCUCCUUCUUCGCAACAUUGCUGACGCCCUACUUGCUCAAGAACUACGGCCCACACUUCGCGUUCGGUCUACCCGGUGCGUUGAUGUUCAUUGCAACGAUCGUGUUCUGGAUGGGCCGCAAAGAGUUCGUUCAUAUCCCGCCGAAGGGCAUCGGUUUUGUGCGGGAGAUGCUCAGUCGUGAGGGGAUGACGGCGAUCAGCAAGCUCGCCAUAUUGAUGGUGUUUCUCGCGCCGUAUUACGCGCUGUUCGAGCAGCAAGGAUCGUCGUGGAUCCUACAGGCGAAACAAAUGGAUUUAUCGGUGCCCAUAUUCGGCGAGAUUCUUCCGUCGCAGGUUCACGCCGUGAACCCGAUGUUCGUGAUGUUGUUCAUUCCGUUGUUCACUUAUGUCGUCUACCCGGCGGUGGAGAAGGUCUUCCCGCUCAAUCCGCUUCGAAAGAUCGGCAUCGGUUUCUUCGUUGUCGCGUCUUCGUUCGCGGUCUGCGCGCACGUCGAAACGCUCAUUCAAGCCGGGGAGCGGCCGACGAUCUGGUGGCAGAUUCUCGCGUACGCCUUGAUUACGGCGGGCGAGGUCAUGAUUUCGGUGACCUCGCUGGAGUUCUUCUACACACAGGGCCCGCGCAAGAUGAAGUCGGUGAUCAUGUCGAUGAAGAUGUUCAGCAUGUCGCUCGGUAACCUGGUCGCGGCCGGCGUUAAUUUCGUGAUCAUGAAUCCGGACAAGACUUCGAAACUUCCGGGGGCCAGUUACUUCUGGUUCUUCGUGGGCUUCAUCGUGCUCACAGGCGUCGUCUUUAUUCCCGUGGCGAAGCGCUACCAAAUCAAGAACUACAUGCAGGGGAGUGAGGCGUAG